AUGUCAGUUAACAUUGUCCCCUCCACUUUCCAUCGUAGGCUUUCGAUAAUUCAGAAGAAUUUGAUUGGAUCAGAUUCCGAUAGCAUUCUUCUCCUUGUUGGAGCCUCUGAUGAUGAAAACACCUACAAGAAGACCACUGUAACACAGACGUGGCUCACAGGCUACGAAUUAGCCUCCACGGGGAUCCUCAUCACUCAGGACCAGUGUAUUAUAAUUACGGGGGAGAAAUCUUCCAAGCAUUUCAAGCCAUUGACCACAAAGCCAACAGCAAACUCGUCAGAGGUGCUAAUUUGGGCAAGAAGUAAGAACGACGCUGAGGUGAACAAGAAGAUUUUCGACGACUUGUUAAGCAAACUUGUAAGCCAGCUGGCCAUUGGCCAUAUAGCUAAAGAUGAGUACAAGGGGAAGUUUAUUGACGAAUGGAAACUGUUGUCCAAGGACGCGGAAUUAAAGUUUGUUGAUUGCUCCAGUUUACUUUCCACAUGCUUAGCAGUUAAAGACGACGAAGAGGUAGAACUUGCCAAGAAGGCUGCCAAGUCAUCCACCGUGAUGAUGGACUCAUUUGCGAAUGAAAUGAUGAGCAUUGUAGACGAAGAAUUGAAAAUCACAAACUUGGCACUUUCUGACAAGAUCGAGGCAAAAAUUGAUAAUGACAAGUGGUUUACCAAGAGUGCAGUAGGUAAGAAAAUUAUUGUCAAUGGGGUGCCAGGAUUUGAUUCUGAAUUACUUGACUGGUGUUAUUCGCCUAUUAUCCAGAGUGGCGGAGAUUACGACAUCAAACCAUCAGCCCAGUCUACCAACAAGGCGUUGGUUGGCGACGGUGUUAUAUUGGCUUCUUUGGGUCUUAGAUAUAAGUCGUACUGUUCUAACAUUGGUAGAACUUUCCUUAUUGACCCCACUAAGGACAUGGAAACAAACUAUGAAUUCUUGUUAAAGUUACAAGAGCACAUAAGCAAGGAACUUUUAAAACCUGGCAAGCAAGGUAAAGAUGUAUACGAAGGAGUUCUUGCAUUCAUAAAGGCCGAGAAAAGAGAGGAUCUCUUACCAUACUUCCCAAAAAAUUGUGGUUGGCUCACAGGUAUUGAAUUCAGAGAUUCAACCUUUGUUUUAAACAGUAAGAAUGAAAGGAAAUUGGAGAAUGGGAUGACCUUAUGUAUCAAUAUUGGAUUCCAAGGAAUUCCUUCAAAAAAUAACAAGAAGUACUCAUUAAUAUUGGGUGAUACAUACAUUGUUGGUGAUAACGAAGCUACUUCUCUCACCAACUACAGUAAAGCUCGUAGUGAAAUUUCAUUCUUUUUCAAGGAAGAUGAACCAGUAAAGCAAGAACCAGAUUCUAAGGCAUCAUCAUUAUCCUCGAAAGCUAAUGGAAAAGGUAUCAAAUCAGAGAAGGAUAUCAAAAUUGAAAAGAAACUUGCAGUCAAUGAAGCAAACUCACUUUUACUUAAAUCCAAAUUGCGUAAUGAGUCCAGUAACAAUGACGAUCAUAUAAACAACGAAAAGGUUCGUCAGGAAUACCAAAAGAGGCUUCACGAAAAGAGACAACAAGAGGGAUUGUCGAGAUUCUCCAAAGAGGAUGCUACUGAUUCUUCUGACUUCAAGCCAGUAUUCAAGAAGUAUGAAUCAUAUGUCAGAGAGCUGCAAAUUCCAAGUUCUGUGAGAGAUCUUAAGAUUCAUGUAGAUUACAAGAAUCAAACAAUCAUAUUACCGAUCUCCGGAAGACCAGUUCCAUUUCAUAUCAACUCAUUUAAAAAUGGAUCCCAAAAUGAAGAAGGUGAAUUUACAUAUCUUAGAUUGAACUUUAAUCUGCCAGGCCUUGGUGGUAACAAUUUCAAAAGAACUGAAUUGCCAUAUGAAGAUUCUCCAGAUAACUCAUUUUUAAGAUCAAUUACUCUUAGAUCGAGAGAUAGACAAAGAAUGAUUGACGUUUAUAAAGCAAUUCAAGACUUGAAGAAAGAUAGCGUAAAGAGAGAACUGGAACGUAAACAGAUGGCUGAUGUUAUUACUCAAGCCAAUUUAAUAGAAUUGAAAGGUUCUAGAAUGAAGAAAUUGGAGCAAGUUUUCAUUCGUCCUCAACCAGACACAAAGAAGAUUGGUGGUGUCUUACAAAUCCACGAUAAUGGUUUAAGAUAUCAACUGUCGAUCAGGUCGGAUCAAAAAGUUGACGUACUUUUCAGUAAUAUCAAACAUUUAUUCUUCCAACCAUGUAAAGAUGAAUUGAUUGUGAUAAUUCACUGUCACUUAAAGAACCCAAUUAUGAUUGGUAAGAAGAAAACAUUCGAUGUCCAAUUUUAUAGAGAAGCUAGUGACAUUGCCUUCGACGAAACUGGAGGAAGGAAGAGAAGAUACAGAUAUGGAGAUGAAGAUGAAUUACAGCAAGAACAAGAAGAAAGACGUAGAAAGGCAUUAUUGGAUAAAGAAUUCAAAGCCUUUGCUGAAUUGAUUGCAGAUUCCAGUCAUGGAAUGUGUGAUUUAGAUAUCCCAUUCAGAGAAUUAGGAUUCCAAGGUGUUCCUUUUAGAUCUGCCGUAUUAUGUAUGCCAACCAGAGAUUGUCUUAUUCAAUUGAUUGACCCUCCCUACUUGGUAGUUACGUUAGAAGAAAUUGAAAUUGCACACUUGGAAAGAGUUCAAUUUGGAUUGAAGAAUUUUGAUUUGGUGUUUGUUUUCAAAGAUUUCAGCAAACCAGUAGUCCAUAUCAAUACCAUUCCAAUAGAAGUUUUGGAAGAUGUCAAGUCGUGGCUCACAGAUGUUGAUAUUCCUAUCAGUGAAGGUCAAAUGAAUUUGAAUUGGGGUACCAUUAUGAAAACGGUUCAACUGGAUCCAUAUCAAUUCUUUGCUGAUGGGGGUUGGGUUUUCUUAACUGGUGAUGGUACUAGUGACGAUGAAGAUGAUGAAGAAGAUGAGCUGGAGUUCGAGGUUAGUGACGCUGAUCCAAGUGACGAAGAUGUCGAAAGUGAAGCAGCUCUGGAAGAUGACUACGGAAGCGAUGGCAGUGAUGGUAGCGGUAGCGGCAGUGAAGUAGAUGAAGAAAGUGAAGGCGAAGAUUGGGAUGAAAUGGAAAGAAAGGCUGCCAGGGAAGAUCAACAGUUUGGAAGAGAGCGCUAG